AGUAGUGUGCGUGUGAAUCACGCAGAAAGGUGGGAAGGUUGCCCGGGUAACGGCAAAGAUGAAGAAGAUGGGUGUGAGCCUGAUGGUGAUAGCGGUGGUGCUGGUGAUCCUUGCCGCGGCGGAGCUGCCACACAUGGCUGAGGCGGUGACUUGCAGUCCGGCUGCUCUGAGUCCCUGCAUCGGAGCAAUAACGUCUUCCUCUCCGCCGUCGAGCCAGUGCUGCCAGAAGCUGAAGGAGCAGAAGCCAUGUCUGUGUGGGUACCUCAAGAACCCUAGUCUGAGGCAGUAUGUUAACUCUCCUGGCGCCAAGAAGGUUGCUUCUUCUUGCGGAGUUCCCUUCCCUUCCUGUUGAGUUAGGAAAAAAAAAUUAAGGUUUAUGGUCGUAAGUGUCAUCGAUAUCAAUUAGUAUCUGCAUAAAUGUCUAAGGAAUAAUUUCAGAAAAAAAUAUUCCCUAUGUGAAUAUUUAAAUAUGUCGUGUUCAAGAUGGUUAUAGCUUGGACAAUGAAUAUGAGAAGCAGUUCACAUCUUGUGACUCUUUGUUUUAUUUUUGGCUAAAGCGUUAAAUUGUGGUGACUGUAUUACGUUUCAAUUGCAAUAAGGUAAAAGUACAAGAAAGUUUGGUUAACUUAUAA